AUGCCUUUCCCCAAGCUCCCACCUAAUGUCGCCUACAUCCGGCUCUCCAACCCAGCGAGACGUAACGCUCUGAGUCUUGGCGUCCUGCAGGAUCUUAAGAGACAGCUCACCGAGGCUCUCACAUCCCCCGUGAGUGGACAGCUUCGCAUCUUGCCGCCUUUUCAAACCCGGAUCUUGGAAGACUUGGAGAAGGCUGUGCGUCGAGACGACACAACGAGCGAGCAGUGGAAGAAGUACGGUUGGCUGGUCAAUUCUUCUGAAUGGAAGAGGGAGAGAGCUGGACUUCCUGAUGUGCUGGUGCUACGCAGCGAGGGGCCGGUAUUUUCAUCCGGACAUGAUCUGAAGGAACUUUCGAACCUUUCCCAUGAUGAGGUCAAACUCCUCUUCAGCCUCUGCGCAGAAGUCAUGACAUUGAUCAGACGGAGUCCGAUCUUGAUCGUUUGUCCAAUUCAAGGCCUCGCCACGGCUGCAGGCUUUCAAUUGGCCAUGGCAACAGACUUUCCUAUCGCGUUGGCGGAUACAAAGUUUGCUUUACCGGGAGCAAAGAUUGGGCUGCCUUGCACCAGUCCAUCGACAGCCGUCUCGCGCCGUUUACCUCCUGGAGCGACAUAUCGACUGUUGGCAACAGCACAGCCUGUCAAGGCAUCGGAUAUCCCAGGGGCAGUUGACAUUGCUCAAGUCUCAGAAAAAGAUCAAUCGAGUGAGGCUAGCAGCGCGGCGUUUGAAAGCCGUGUUUCAACAGUCAUUAAUCAACUAGCAGCCAUGUCUGCUCAGCAGCAAGCGGUUGGAAAAUGGGCAUAUUGGACGCAACUUGGCAUGGGAGCAUCCGACGGCGAAGAAGGUGGCGAUGGCUUCGAAGCUGCGGCUCGUUGGGCAGGAAGGGUCAUGGCUUUGCAUGCGAAGAGUGAGGAUGCUAAGGAGGGCAUCGGGGCAUUCCUGCAAAAGAGGUCUCCUGAUUGGGUCAGCAAGUCUUCAAAGCUGUAG